AUGAUAGGCGCCGACUACGCGCGGCACUUGCAGCAGCAGGAGCAGGAGCAGCAGCAAGCGCCGGUGGAGGGGGUUGGGGAGGAGCCGCUGCUGCCGGAGGGGGUGGAGGUCGGCGGUUUCUGCCUCGCGACGGCCCCGGACGCCUGGCGGAGGCGUUACAAGGCGGUGCUCUUGAGCGUGCGCUCCGCUCGCUGCUACUCCGGCCUGCCGCUGCACGUCAGGUUUGUCGGCUCCGAGGCGGGCGAGCCUCUGAACCGCCUGACGGCACAACGCCGGGCGCAGAGCGGCGUCUGUGUCGCUUGCCACGUGUCGGCUUGGGUGCCGCCGGAGCAGCGCGAGGAUGCAGUUGCCGGCACUUCGAGCGGCAUGCUUGAGGGCGGCAGCAGCGGGAGGCGGAGGGCGGCGCCGGAGCGCUUCAUGGCACCGCCCUCCAAGCCGGCAGCCCAGGUGACGGAGGCGGAGGGGAUGCAGCUGCACUUGUGCAGCACGAACGACACCGGCUACAAGGGGGUGAAGCGGACCUGGAGAGGCCGUUUUGACGCGAAGCGCAGUAUUGGCGGACGCACCGUCCACAUCGGUCGCUUCGACACGGCGGUGGAGGCGGCCGUUGCGUACGCGCGCCACGCCAGCCAGCAGCAGGCCGAGCCGCAGCCCAUUGCGACCGGGUACAAGAGCGUGUACGAGGAUACUAUUGCGGGCCAUUUCUUCGCGCAGGUCAUCGUGGGCAGACGCAGGUUGAACUUGGGCCCCUUUGACACGGCGGUGGAGGCGGCGGUGGCUUUCGCACGGGCGGAGGAGGAGGGGUGGCUGGGGGAGUUCGAGGCGUACUUUCGCGGCAAGCUCUCCCACAAGAACGCGCAGCAAGUGAUGAAGCACAUCACGCCCCUCGCCGCCGGCAAAGGCGUCGAUUUCGGACCGGGCGUCGGCAACUUUCUCGCCGGAAUCCCCGUCACCCUCUCCUCGGACGUCGCCUAUAUCCUCGACGCGCUGCACAGGCCGGGGAACGCCGCCGUGCGCGACCACGACGAUUUAAAGGGCGGCUGGCACAUCCGCCACCCGCUCUACAAGCUGCGCGAGUUCCAGGCGCACAAACUCAUGACCGAGGCGCAGCAGCAGGCGCAGGCACAGCAGCAGGCGCAGCAGCGGGCGCAGGCACAGCUUUCGCACCCGCCCGCCAAGCGCGCCCGCGUCGAGGCGGCGGAGCAGCACCCGCUCCUCUCCGCCGAGAGCCCCUCCGAGCCGCUCGAGCUCAACGCCAAGCUGCUCGCGCUGCGGCAGCACAUCGAGGUGCAGCGCGAGGCGGCCAGGCGAGAGUUCAAGUCGGCGAGGGCGGACUGGAAGCUGCCCGUCGUCCGGAGCCGCCUCGUGUCGAACGUGCUCGACCUCCUCGGCAGCGCGAACCCACGCACGCCGGCGCUGCACUGGCGGAACACCGUCGUCACCUUUGUCGGCGAGCCGGGCGUCGACCAGGGCGGGCUGACUGCGGACCUGCACUCAUCCUUCUGGCGCGAGGUCCUCAAGCCGGAGCACGGCCUCUUUGAGCAGCUCGCCGAGGGCGGCGCCUACCUCCCCCGCGCCGACGCGGACAAGGAGCGGCUGUCUCUCGUCGGUCGCUUCCUCCUCAAGUCGGUCCUGGACGACCACCCGACCGGCCCGGGGCCGAGCUCUUUCCUGCUCGAGUUCCUGAGUGGCGCGCACGAGACGCGCGCCUUCCUCGACUCGCACCCGACAUACGCGCUGCAGCUCCUCGCCAACGCCGACCCGGUCAUCGCGCAGAGCUGGAGCAACCUGCUGCAUUUGUCGGACGACCAGCUCGCCGCGACGACGCUGACGCUCGACGCCUUUGACGACGCGCUGCCCGACGAGCCGCUCUCGCGCGCCAACGUGUCGCGCGCCGUCGUCGCCGGCUGCCGCCGCAAGUUGCUGACCGACCGCCGCGCCUCGCUCGACGCGUUGCGGGACGGCUUUACGCUCGGCGGCAAGCUCGACCUCGGCCUGCAGCUCGCGCAGCACCGGAACGCCGACCUCGCGCUGCUACUGCAAGGCAAGGCGACCAUCAGUACGCAGGAGAUGCUCGACUGUUUCGAGUGGGGCGAGCCGCCGGCAGAGUGCGCGGCGGCGGUCGAGCACUUGCGCGCAGCCAUCGCCGAGGGCGACGCGCACUUGGAUGUGCGGCGGCGGCGGCGGCUGCUGCGCUUCUGCACGGGCCUCAACGCGCUGCCUGUCAACGGGCUCUCGCGUAAGGUGAGCUUCAAUUUCCUCGACAAGCCGGGCGUGCCGCUUCCCGAGCCGCACACAUGCACGCACGAGCUCGACUUGCCGGCGUACAGCAGCCGGGCCGAGCUGCUGGAAAAGCUGCUAGUGGCGCUCGACUCGUUCGAGGCGGACCCGAGUUUUGGGCAGGAGUGA